AUGCCUCCGCGCAGAAGGCCACAGCCCCCGGCGGCCAGCCAGCGACGUCCGUCAGAGGCCGGAAACCAAUCGACGACUGAUCCUACAAAGAAGAAGCGCGGUUCGCAGUCCAACCCUGUGCCUGAGCCUCACCACCAUCCCGCGCCCCAGGAUGAUCCCAAUGCUCCAAAAUUCAAGCCGAGGGAUCCGUUUGAUGCCCUUUUGGAGCCAUUCUACUACAAUAAGGGACUCACAGACCCAAUCAACACAGCGAAAGAUAAAUGGAACUUGUUGCCGGCGUUCCUGAAAGUCAAGGGUCUGGUGAAGCAGCACAUCGACUCGUACAAUUAUUUCGUGGAAGUACAAAUGAAGAAGAUUGUCGAGUCGAGCGCCAUGAUUCGCAGUGAUGUCGACCACAACUUUUACAUCAAAUUUACCGACGUGUACGUUGCUUCGCCUCGACGAGCUGACGAGCAAGGCGAUGGUGGAUUUGAUUUCGAGUCUACGAUCACGCCGCAGGAGUGCAGACUGCGAGACACUACAUAUGCCGCGCCUAUUCUGGUCGACUUCGAGUAUGUUCGUGGGCGGCAAAGGGUUAUUAGACGUGGCGUUCCUAUCGGACGGAUCCCUCUCAUGCUUCGGAGUUCCAAGUGUGUGCUGUCGAAUAAAACACCUGCUCAGAUGAGCGUUCUCAAUGAAUGCCCUCUUGACCCUGGUGGUUACUUUGUUGUCAACGGAACAGAGAAGGUUAUUCUCGUGCAAGAACAAUUGAGCAAGAACAGAAUUAUCGUUGAAACCGACCCGAAGAAGGAAAUUGUUCAGGCCUCGGUCACCAGUUCCUCCAACGAGCGUAAAUCUAAGAGUUACAUUGUUUUGAAGAAGGAGAGAUUAUAUGUCAAGCACAACGUGCUUAACGAAGACAUCCCUAUCGUCAUUUUGCUCAAGGCUAUGGGCAUCCACACCGACAAAGAAAUGAUGCAAAUGGUUACAGGUGACGAUAAGGUGUAUCAGGAUGACUUUGCCAUCAACUUCGAAGAGGCUGUCAACGUUGGCGUAUUCACUCAACAGCAAGCCCUCGACUGGAUCGGCUGUCGCAUCAAGAUCAACCGCAAGCAAGCCACUUACCGUAAGACUCACGUGCAAGAAGCAGUUGAGGCUAUUGCAUCUGUCAUUAUUUCCCACAUCGAGGUCAAAGACAUGAACUUCCGACCCAAGGCCAUCUACGUUGCCCACAUGGCCCGACGUGUUCUUAUGGCUAAGAACGACCCAUCUCUGGUUGAUGACCGUGAUUAUCUCGGAAACAAGCGUUUGGAGUUGGCAGGUCAGAUGUUGGCCCUCCUUUUCGAAGACUUGUUCAAGAAAUUCUGCUUCGACAUCAAGAUGAACAUCGACAAGGUUUUGAACAAACGCAACCGGGCCGAGCAAUUCGAUGCUUGGACCAUUGUCACCAUGCACGGAAACCACAUCACACAGGGUAUGAACCGAGCUAUUUCCACCGGAAACUGGAGCUUGAAGCGUUUCCGUAUGGAACGUGCGGGUGUUACUCACGUUCUGAGCCGCUUGAGUUACAUUGCGGCUCUUGGUAUGAUGACCCGUAUCAGCUCGCAGUUCGAGAAGACCCGAAAGGUCUCUGGUCCCCGUGCUUUGCAGCCAUCUAACUUUGGCAUGCUUUGCCCUGCCGAUACUCCUGAAGGUGAGGCCUGUGGUCUGGUCAAGAACUUGGCCCUCAUGACACACAUCACCACAAAUGACGAAGAAGGACCCGUGCGAAAUUUGAUGUUCAUGCUGGGCAUUGAAGAAAUUUCGAGUGUGGGCGGUCAGCAACUAUAUGCUAAGGGAGCCUACACGAUCUCCAUCAACGGUACACCGACUGGGUUGACCAGACGCCCCAAGUCCUUCCUCAAUGCCUUCCGAAGACUUCGCCGCAUGGGUCGUGUUUCCGAGUUCGUUAGUAUCUACAUCAAUCACCAUCAGCGAGCUGUGCACGUCGCGACCGACGACGGGCGAAUUUGCAGACCGUUGAUUAUUGUUGAGAAGGGCAAGUCACUUGUCACAGCCCAACAUCUUGAAAAGCUACGCGAUGGAAAAAUGGAAUUCGAUGAUUUCCUCGCCCAAGGUCUUGUGGAAUACCUCGACGUGAACGAAGAGAACGACUCCUACAUCGCCAUUUACGAGAAGGACAUUUUGAAUACACACACCCAUCUUGAGAUUGAGCCCUUCACAGUUCUUGGUGCCGUCGCGGGUCUCAUUCCUUAUCCUCACCACAACCAAUCUCCCCGUAACACCUACCAAUGUGCUAUGGGUAAGCAAGCUAUUGGUGCAAUUGCUUCCAAUCAAUUCCAGCGAAUUGAUUCAGUCCUCUACCUCAUGGUCUACCCACAAAAGCCAAUGGUCAAGUCACGAACCAUCGAGCUGACAAAGUACGACCAACUGCCGGCCGGUCAAAACGCAACCGUCGCAGUCAUGAGUUACUCCGGUUACGAUAUCGAGGAUGCCCUCGUUCUGAACAAGGGCUCUGUAGACCGUGGUUUCGGACGUUGCCAGGUAUUCCGCAAAUAUGUCACAACUCUCAAGAGUUACCCCAGUGGCGCGAAGGACGAGCUGAAAGGACCCGACUACGAGGAUGGCGCUCCCAUUCGCAAGCACGCCCUCCUCGAGUCCGACGGUCUUGCCGCAGUCGGCGAACAGAUGAACUCCGGCGAAACCUACAUCCGAAAGGUCUCACCUAAGGUGCAGAACUCGUCCGGCAUCACAGGAUCCGACUUCAAUGGAGGCGGCGUCAUCGAUGCAUCCAUGAACUACAAGCUCCCCGAUCCAGCCUACGUAGACAAAGUCCUCGUUUCAGCAACAGAAGGCGAAACACAGCUCAUCAAGGUCCUGACCCGACAAACACGUCGCCCAGAAGUCGGUGAUAAGUUCUCCUCCCGUCACGGACAGAAGGGUGUCGUAGGUAUUAUUGCCGACCAGGCCGACAUGCCCUUCUCAGACCAAGGAAUCAACCCCGACAUCAUCAUGAACCCCCACGGUUUCCCAUCUCGAAUGACAGUCGGUAAGAUGUUGGAGCUUGUCGCCGGAAAGGCGGGCGUUCUCUCCGGUCAACACGGCUACGGUACCUGUUUCGGCGGUAGUCCCGUCGAGGAAAUGUCCCAGAUUCUCAUCGAUAAGGGCUUCAGCUAUGGCGGAAAAGAUUACCUUACUUCUGGCAUCACCGGCGAGGCGCUUCCUUUCUACGUCUUCACUGGUCCCAUCUACUACCAGAAACUGAAGCACAUGGUUCAAGAUAAGAUGCAUUCUCGUGCUAAGGGACCGACUGCUACGUUGACGCGCCAGCCUACGGAGGGUCGUUCCCGAAACGGUGGUCUACGUCUCGGAGAGAUGGAGCGUGAUUGUCUGAUUGCAUACGGUACCAGUCAGUUGCUCCUGGAGCGAUUGAUGAUUUCGUCCGAUCGCCACGAGGUCGAUGUUUGCGAGCAGUGCGGUUUCAUGGGCUAUCUGAAUUGGUGUCCUGGGUGCAAGUCUUCUCGCUCUGUUGUUAAGAUGGUCAUUCCUUACGCUGCCAAGCUUCUCAUUCAAGAGUUGAUGAGUAUGAAUGUCACAGCUCGUCUGAAGCUUGACGAUGAAUUCCCUGAGAUGAAGGGUCGUUAG